AUGGUUAAUCAUUUAUACGAUAAAGUCCUUGAGAUAUUGUUUACAUCAGCUGAUCAAGCUCGUCGUCGUUCAUUAAUCUCCUCUUUGGGUUGUGCUACUAAGAGGAGUCAGUUGGAUAAAUUCAUUGAAAGUUCCAUUGACCUGGAGAAUAGUUUGCGUACACAGGAACGCACAAUCAUACUAAAUCCAGUCUACUCUCGCAGUGAAACAGGUUUAUUAGCAUGUAUUGAGUUUUUAAAUGAGAACUGGGAAGCAUACGCUGCUUUAACAGUUGGUACCUUCGGAGGUUCAAAACCACUUGACUCUGAUAUUAAGGGCAUGUCACAAUAUGUAGUUACCAAAGAUCAGGAAACCAAACUAUUGGCGUUGGUUGAAAAAGUAAAAGACAGCGAUGCUGUAAACUCUAACUUGGAAACUUCGGUCAAGUCAAACAUUAAUGCUAACUUCAAUUGGUUGGAAAAUAAUCGCAAUAGCAUCAUUAACUGGAUUACUGACUACCGCACUGAUGGCGGUGUGUCUAUUACCGCUUUCUCUCUGACGAUGGUUAUGUCCGUUGCUGUAUUUAUUUCAAGGCUUUUUUAAAUAUUUAAAUUUUUGUAAUAUUUGAGAAUUUAAAUAUUAUAUGUAUAUAAGCAUUUUUAAGUUAGAAUUAUGUAUGAUAAUUUUUCGCUUUAAUUUUAUGUUGUUUAUCAUUACUUUAUGUUAAUGUGAUAUGAGCAUCAUUGGAUG